CCGUUCUUCGCGCCCAAAAAUCACUAUCAUGCUCGUGUAAAUGAAAAUCACUCUUCUAAUUUUAUCCACCGCUUCAGUGCGUUCUUUGACCCCCAUAAAUCACGCCAAUUUAUCAACGAAUUCAAUUGUUUGAUAAACCCUGUCUGACCUCUACUUGACAUUUGGAGGGCAGAAGUUGAAAACACAACUUCAAAUCACUCUUCUUCCACAAUUCGCUAAAAACCGAUCAAAAUGCAAUUUAAUAAAUUAAGCCUCGACGCCCUUCAAGUGGCCAACAAGCGCGUCCUGAUGCGCGUCGACUUCAACGUGCCCCUGAAGGACGGAAAAAUCACCAACAACCAGCGCAUAGUGGCCGCCUUGGACUCCAUCCGCUACGCCCUCGACAAGAACGCCAAGAGCGUCGUACUCAUGUCCCACCUCGGCCGGCCCAACGGCAGCCCCAAUCCCAAAUACAGCCUCAACCCCGUAGCCGCCGAACUCAAAACCCUCAUCAACAGAUUGACUAAAUCUGACUCUUGUGAUAGUGAUAGUAACCAAAACUUGUUGCCUAAAAGAGACGUCACGUUCCUCACGGACUGCGUGGGCCCCGAAGUCGAGAAAGCCUGCGCCGACCCCAAACCCGGCUCGCUCAUCCUUCUGGAGAAUUUGCGGUUCCACAUUGAAGAGGAGGGCAAAGGGGUGGACGCCAGUGGCAAGAAAAUCAAAGCGGAGGCGGAUAAAGUGGCGGCGUUCCGCCAGAGCUUGAGGAAGCUGGGGGAUGUGUAUGUGAACGACGCUUUCGGGACGGCCCAUCGGGCGCACUCUUCCAUGAUGGGGGAGGGCUUCGACCAGAGGGCUGCUGGGUUUUUGUUGAAGAAGGAGCUGGAGUACUUUGCGAAGGCGCUGGAUUGUCCGGAGAAGCCGUUCUUGGCGAUUCUGGGGGGCGCAAAGGUUGCCGACAAGAUUCAGUUGAUUAAUAAUUUGCUGGAUAAAGUCGAUGAGAUGAUUAUUGGAGGAGGGAUGGCGUAUACAUUCCUGAAGGUGGUGUAUGGAAUGAAGAUCGGCAAUUCCUUAUUUGACGAUGAGGGGGCCAAAAUCGUCAAGGACCUAAUGUCAAAAGCCGAAAAGAACAAGGUCAAGAUCCACCUACCAUGUGAUUUCGUGACAGCCGAUAAAUUCGAUGAAGCUGCAGCUGUUGGUAGCGCUUCUCUAGAGUCUGGAAUUCCUGACGGUUGGAUGGGCCUUGACGUAGGACCCAAGACCAUCGAAGCGUUUAAAGAACCCAUCACUAGGGCUAAAGUGAUCGUGUGGAAUGGCCCAGCCGGUGUGUUCGAAUUCGACAACUUCGCCAAAGGGACCAAAGCCAUCAUGGAUGAAGUUGUUGCAGCCACACAACGUGGCGCUGUCACCAUAAUUGGUGGUGGGGAUACGGCCACGUGUGCUGCAAAGUGGCAGACUGAGGAUAAAGUUUCACACGUUUCGACAGGAGGUGGCGCUAGUUUGGAACUUCUGGAAGGAAAAGAACUGCCAGGAGUGGUGGCCCUGUCUGAUGCUUGAAUAUUUCUAAGUUUAAAUUUGUAAAUUAUAUAUUUGAUGUAAAAUUAGCGUAAGCACUAAAAAACAAGACUUUUAAAAUAGAAGAAGAAUAAAUUUGUG